GCACGAUGAGGAUAGCUGGAUCUGAUCCAACACGUACUGGAUGUUGUUACGCGCAUGCGCGAUGGUGUGUUUUGUUGACGUCAUAGACGCAUGCGCAGUAGAGAGGUGGUAAACGAUCGCACGUGCUUUGGUCUUCCAAGAAGAGUCUGCAGAAAAACGGUGGAUUAAUUAACAGUGAUUGUUUUGUCGAUGAAUGUCUUUAAAAAGGGCAGUUGCCCAGUAAUUUCAAGGUGCACAAAGUGCUGUAACCAGUACCACUGCCCUUUUUGUGAGACGUACAAAACCACACCACAACUAUCCAUUGAUAACCAUGUAGAGAAUCAUCUAAAAUUGGCAGUACACCAUGAUGAUUUUGUGAUUAAGUGCAAUUUACACUGUAGAGAAAAUGCACAUUUUCACUGCUGUUACUGUCCUGCUACAGUGAUAAGAAACCUGCAGUUAAUUACUCAUCUUCAAAAAUGUAAACAAAAGUUGGCUAUUCCUGGCCAGGAAGCUCAAUCUCCACUCCUGCAUAGCCCAGCAGCCACUGCUCCACUUUCUGCUAUAUCGGCACAGACUUCUCAUGUCAUUACACAGGCGCCUCCCCUGUCUUGCCCCAUGGCUAUCCGAACAUCUUCAUCUCCAGUUACAUCAGUGUUUCAGUCUCCAGCAAUGACACAGUCUUGGACAAGUCCCUUAUGUCAACUUUUGCAACCUGUGACAACGUGCCCUCUUUCUGAAGCUCCAUUUCCUCUUUCUGCAUCCACCCAAGUAUUUCCAUCUCCGGCUAUUUCCUCUGUCCUUGUUCCACCAGACCAACCAACAGUAAAGCGUCCUCAACCAAAGAAGAACAGAAUCAGAUGUGAUCAUUGUGAUAUGGAAUUGAAUAAAAAGUACUUGCGAGUUCACAUUAGAAGAAAGCACACCACAGUUAAAGAGGCCAUCACAUUAGAACGACAUUUACUUUGUCAGGUCAUUGACAGUAAGCAUGGAAUUUUUGCAGUGGCAAAAUCUUUCAGUGCACCAUCAAUUCCCAUCCAUGUUCAAAAAAGGAUUUGGGGUGUGAAUGACAAAGUUAUGUGUGAACUAGACCAAUGUAAUGCUAGUGCUGAUUUUGCACAAAGGAGUGGCCUGAAACCAUUUGAGUGCUGCCAUCUCAUGUCCUUAGCUUUCUGUCCCAAAGAUGAUGGCAAUUCUGUUAAUCUCAAAGAGGAAACCCUAAACGAGAUGGUGAAAGAAAAAUGGUUUGGAGAAAGUAGGAAAGAUGCAUGCAUCGAAAGGCAAUGCAUGGCAAACAAAGAUGAUGUGCCACUUUCUGUAGCGAUCAUAUUUGCUAUAUCAGUGUAUGAGCCAAAAAUGUCUUAUUACUGCAGACUUGGAAGAGUGACUGUUGUAUAUGACAGUAAGAAGAUCACAUGGGCCUGUCCAUGUAAUAAAACAAAACAGUCAUGUAUUCACAAAGCAAUAGCUAAAUGGCAUUUAUUUUAAAGUCAGAGAGCUCUCUUCCAGAAGGUGAAGACCACCGAAAGGAUUGAUCCCAUGCAGAUACCUCAACAGCAGUCUGAGAGUGUGGAUGACUGUAGUGAUCAUCAGUACCCACCUAAUGAUGAUGGAAUAGAGAGGAUGGUGCGCUAUUUGAUGAAAAAUAAAUCUCUGCCUGUGGACCUUCCUCAAAAUUUGGUUAGUGGUCUACAACAUGGAAGUGAAUUUAGACACCAACUAAUUCCUGAAGAAACAUUCUGCUCCGAAUGUGAGGGUAAUCAUAUUCUAAGUGACCCAAUUAUUAUAACCUCACGAGCAAAGAUUCUGACCUUUACUGGGGUAGUUGAAGGAAUUUCAACUUACAUACUUACAAAGUAUGUAGCAACUGCAGCAUGAUGUACAGGUACCAGGAAUUCACUGGUGGUAUCCAUAACUUCAGUGACCACCUUCUGCUUUCUCUUCACUUGUGUGUAAUUCUUCACAAUGCUCUUCAGAAUCACACUGCUGUUAGCAGAGUAAUGAGCAUACUUGAAGCCACUGCCAAAGCAAAAUUCCCCAGCAAAGACACAGUGCUCCAUGGUUACCUUCACUUUGAAGCCUUGAGCAGCCAUGUUUAUUCUUACACCUGCAUCAAUUGUGGUUAUUACCCCAAAGUGGUGAUUAUGGAUCUCCACAAGAAAGGUGUCUUCAGUAUUCCUUUCAGUGAAAUAGCCACACCACCAUCAGAUUUCAAGGGUGAUACAAACAUUGUCUCUUUUUGGGAAUCCGUAACAAUGGAGAUGAUUGGCCGGGGAUUUCUUUCAAGUGGCAGGAAAAGUCCCUUUGUAGUUUGCCCAAGUUAUGAUUGCUGGGCUCCUUGGAUUGGACCUAAUGCAACUUUUGCUGCAAUGCGCAAAAACAAUUAUUUCCUGAACAUGCUCACGCCAUCAGGACACACAUUUUUGAUGCACAACAUCAUUCACCAUUAUAACACAGCACAGAAUAAGAACAUGGAGGACAGCCUAAGAAAAGUUGUAUCACCAAGUGAUCAGUUAACCUUCAAUGGUUACGGUUAGAUAGUACUUGGUACACCUCCACAGUCCCUAAAUGAUAGUGAGAGACUCACCAGUGAUAUUACACAAAUAGACCAAGUACACUACCCCAGCCAAGGUUCAGUGAUGGACAUGACAGCCCUACGAAAUGUGCAGCCAAACAGGGCAUGCUGGAUGCAUCCACAAAGCAGUGACCAAAUGAAGAUGAUAAAAAAUGCUUUAAAUGAAAAGGAAUCACAACAACAAUUUUUGGCUCAAGUAGGAGCAACAAUUCUGGACAGAUCAGAUUUUAUUACCUUGGGACAUCCAAAUGAUGUUGAAGGGACUAUUUUAAAUGCCUGCCUUUCAAUGGUCAGAGAUAUUGCUGACUUAAAGAACAUAAAGGUCCAUUGUUUUAGCUCGUAUGUGACAGUGACAUGGUUGCCACCAUUGUGUGCAGACCCUUCAGCUAACUUACCUGACCAUAUAGCAGAAUGUGACUUCAUCUUACUGCCUUCCUGGGCAUCAAACCAUUGGAUGAUAUGUAAUACUUGCACAGCAACUACAUCCUGGGCCGUGGAAAGAGUAUGGACGUGAUGAUCUCAACGGUGCUUCAAGGCAGAAUUGUUCAAAUAACUGUGGAGUGUUUGUGUUGAUGUCUGACAUGGCUGCAGUAAGGAGAUGGUGGUGCUUGCUCCUGCUAACAAAUUAUCCUGUGAAAUCAGAUGCUGAAAGAAAGCUACUCAGAAAAAGGCGCAAAGAAAUGAAAACAGGAGAAUUGGAAAUGGAAGCUGAUUACAUAAGUAAGAUGCCACCUGAGAUCCUGAGACAUAUCCUCAUGAAUGUGGUCAAAGAAGAUGGAGAUGUGGCCUUCUUCAGACUGUCUCUGACGUGCUGGCUUUUCCAUGAUGUUGUUUGUGAGGCAUCAUUUAGAAAAGAGGCUCAUUUUGCCUGGCUUGACAGUGUUGUCAACUGGAGUGCAUACUCCAGUGACUACAAGGAGAUGUAUCGAGUGCCAUAUAAAGUGACCAGUUGCCUUUGUUGUGGGGACUUAUUUAAAGACUUCCCACCAGGCUAUAUUGGAGAUGGAAGGAAAGGAAUCCUUCGUGCAUUUUACUCGACCAAAGAGUUUGAAGGUUACUGCUCAGCAGACUGCUUCAUCUGUGACGGCAAUCACUAUAGCCCCAAGGACAACAAUUUAUAAAGUUAAAUAUAAAUGGUCACUUGAGUGACAACUGCUUGAUCUGACUGCUGUGAUCAGUUUGUAUAUUAAACUUAAAUUCAGGGUUUUUUUUUUUGUUUUGUUUUUAUAUAUAAAUGUACUUGCAUGUCUUGCAGACACUGAACAGCAAAUUAAGAGGAAUCUUAUGUACAGAUCACUGUUGAAUGUCAACAUUUUAUAUAUAUAAGACAGGGGAUAUCGAGUGGCAAGAAUAUUGAAAAAUGUGAGAAAAUGUGAAUCCUUUGGAUUUUCUGGAUUAAUUGAUCAUAUCAAUUGAUCAAUGUCAUAUUCAUUAAAGUCACAAGUAGACAAAACACAAUGUAGUUAACAUAAAAAAAUACAAUUAUGUCUUUAUUUAAAAUCCCAUUAAUCUUUUGAAAACCAUGAUCUUGCAUAACCUUCAGCAAAUGUGCAGUUGCGCCCCUGGUUAUAGGCUAUGUUUAAAAGUUAUAUAUGUAAAAUGUUAUAGGUUUAAAUAUUAUUUCAUGCUGUAACUGCUAUGUAUGUAUGUCCCCUAUGAACUUCAUAUGUGAAUAUUAUGUAGACUUACUGUUUACAUCAAAUUCAUUAAGAGUAGGCUAAUCAUG